AUGGCAGGACCGCCGGUUCAGGAGGUGGAGGCGGGCCCCCCGCCGCGGUGGCAGGUCAUAAUAAAGAAAAUAUUGAUGUUUGUCUUACACCAGUGGCUUCUUAUCGGAAUGGGAGUCGCCUGUGCACUGGCCUACUGCUUUCCAAACGUCGCGAAGCAUGGUGGAAUCAUUCGGUCCCAGUAUAGUGUGAUGUACGGGGUGAUCGCCAUUAUUUUCCUAAUCUCGGGACUGAGCAUUGAUCGCCGGAAACUGUUUCUACAAUUUAUGAACUGGAGACUACAUCUCACUGUACAAGUGAUUUCCUUUUUGUUUAUACCUGCCGUGGUCUUGGCGGUUGUUUAUGCGAUUUUGGCUGGUGAUCCGACCGAGAAGAUCAAUCGCUCUGUGCUGGCGGGGUAUAUCUUUGUGUCAUGUAUACCCACAACGAUCGCCUCCAAUGUGGUGAUGACUCGGUCUGCUGGUGGAGAUGAUGCGGCGGCGCUAGUGGAGGUUCUGAUCGCCAAUGUUUUUGCUCCUUUUGUCACUGCCGCUUGGACGGUGGCUCUGAUCCCUAAGACUUCUGAGUUCGAUGCUUGGAGGUAUGGUGGCGGGGAUAUGAGCAGCAUGUACAGAAACGUCUUUCAGCAGCUGGGGUUGAGUGUGUUGUUACCGUUGUUCGUGGGGCAACUGAUUCGAUGGACAUGGCCUGAUCGUGUAGCCAUGGUGUUGCAGAAGACAAAGCUGCCCAAGUUGGCUUCGGUCUGCAUGUUACUGCUAAUCUGGACUACAUUCUCUUCCUGUUUUGCUACAGGAGCCCUCCAGGAAAUGGAUUCCCAGAGCAUCAUCUUCGUUGUAUUGUUCAACAUCGCCCUGUACAUCUUUCUCACAGGCAUCUGUUUCAUCAGCUCUCGACCACCGCAAAUUUUCGCCUCGAACAGGUGGUACAAGGCUGUAUUCAAGCCCCUUCCUCCCAAAGAGACCAUUGCAGCUUGUUUCUGCGGUCCAGCAAAGAGUACAGCUCUUGGAAUCCCGCUCUUGUACGCCAUGUGGGAACCACUGGACCUUUACCUUAAGGCGCAAACAUCCGUGCCUGUGCUGCUGUAUACCACAGAGCAGAUUUGUGUGGCUCAUUUUUUUGUCCAGAUUUUUCGCAAAUGGCACUCGUACAUAGAAAAACGAGACGGAGAGCAGAUUGCAUGCGGAGAGUCACCGGAAAUCGACAUGACGGAAACUACGGGGGACAGGGCGUUACCCAUAAGAGUAGAGAACGAUCUUAAAUCUUAA